AUGGUCCAAGUGAUUAUAAAGUUUAGCUCUCAAGAUUUCAGCGCCACGUGUGCUGCUGAAAUAGAUACAGUACGCAUACAGAAGCCCACAGACUGGUUACUAGGCCAUGAGAGCGCACAGAGAGGCGUGCAGCGGGAUGCUUUCGUGUUAGCUGAUAGCGCUCCUUCGAACAUAGUGAAUGUGCCUAAGACCUGCUGGAUAUUCUGCAGGAAAUGUGGGAAGCACCCACCCCACAAAGUGACACAGUACAAGAAAGGCAAGGAUUCUUUGUAUGCCCAGGGAAAGCGGCGUUAUGACAGGAAACAGAGUGGCUAUGGUAGGCAGACCAAGCCAAUUUUCCACAAAAAGGCUAAAACUAUAAAGAAGAUUAUGCUGAGACUGGAGUGUGUUGAGCCCAACUGCGGAUCUAAGAGGAUGCUGGCUGUUAAGAGAUGCAAGCAUUUUGAACUGGGAAGUGACAAGAAGGGAAAGGGCCAAGUGAUCCAGUUCUAAGCCGAUUUUGUUUUGAAGACAAUAAGAUCUUGACCUUUCACCCCCUUUGAUUGCAGUUGGCCUUUUGGGAGGGAAUCAAUUAA